AUGGCCGCCACGACGAGGGAGCGUGGCGAGCCGCGCAUACCCCUCGCUGUUGUCGAUGCGCCGACGCAGCGCUUUUAUGCAGCGGCCGUGUUUGUGGGAGUGCAAGCGUGGAAGUGGACGCGUAUUGUGGCGCUGCACUGGCUCCACAAGGCACCGGUCCGCGGCCUAGGGCGCAGCAUCGAGCCGACGACGCUCUUUUCCGCGCUGCUCCUGGACUUUGCGCUGUGCUAUGGCAUAUAUUGGCUCGCGAUUCCUCCGCGUGCGCCUGCAGUGGGCGCUGGCGUCGCGGCGCCCCCGCCGCCCCGACGCAGGGGGCGGAGAUGGUACGUCGUGGUGUUCCUCCUCCUGGCGGUGCUGGAUGUGCUGUCGAUCUUGCAGCGCGAGGCGCUCGUGAGGAUCGCGACACUGACGCCUGGCCCAGCGGUAUGGAGUGUCGGUGAGCGCCGCGUGCGUCUCGACCAUGUCGUGGAGCCACGCGCCCACAUUGCCGGCCAGCAUACGGUGCACAUCGUGCCGUACGGCACGGCCCGCAUCGACACGUCCGUCUCUGGUACGUGCAUGUGCCUGGAUGAGCGUGUGCGCCAAGUGCACAUUCCGAUCGUGCUGAAUCAGACGUCGCCUCCUGUCUCGCUCACGUACUCGAUCACGGAUCCGGCGACCGGCCACGUUACGCGGCAUACGAUCAAGCACCCGAAAACGAGUGUCUAUACAAAGCUGGCGGAUGCCGAGCCGGAUGUGCCGCAUGGCGCCAAGACGCUGUCGUUGGCGGAGCGCAGGCGCGCGCGCCGCGCGGCCCGCGGCGCAGCUGACGUGCGCGACCCGGUCACGGUCCACUACCUGCGCUUAGAGCAGACGGGCCUUGUGCGCCUAGAGUCGGUGCUGGAUCGGCAGUCGCAGGCGGCGCACAUUGUGUCGGAGGCCAUCACGCUCGUCGAGUGUCCGCGUGCGUCGUUUGUCUCGGCCGCGUCUGACUACUGUGUGGGCGACGAGGCGCAGUGGCAGGUCAUGCUGCACGGCACGCCGCCUCUGACGCUGACGUAUGCGCAUGCGCGUGGCGAGCGGUCGCUGGUGCAUCACACGCCGGGCGCGCCGGCGACGAUUGCGCUCGAUGUGCCGGCGGCCGGCGCGCAUGCGCUGCAGCUGCGCCAUGUCCGCGAUGUGUGCGGCAAUGUGGCGUAUCUGAACGAGACAUCCACAGCGUAUGUGCAUGCGCAGGCGCAGGUGCAUUGGGAUGCCAAGCAGUGUGUGCCGGGUCGCCCGCUGAAGCUGCUGCGGACGAGUGAUGGCCUCUCGCUGCGUGUGGCCGUGGAGAUGGACGAGAGCUGGGACGAUAAGUGGGACGUCGAGUACGUCCACCGACGGGACGACCGGGAGACUGUGCAUACGAUGCGGCCGCUCUCGCGGGGCACGCAUGCGAUUCAUGUGCGUGAGACGGGUGUGUAUACGCUGCAGAGCGCUGCGUCCCCGCACUGCGUGGGCCGCGUCAGCGCGCCGUGGACGUGCGAGGUCGUGGACGUGCCGCCGCCGCGGGCCUCGAUCCACUUUGAGAGCAUCGACGAUGCGUGUGCCGGCACGGUGGGUGUCAAGGCGCUCUCGGAUCUCGAGGGCGAGCCGCCUUUCCGGCUCGUGUACGAGACGCAGCGCGAUGGCGCGCCGACGCGGCACGAGCGCAUCGUGCGCGACCAGACGCGCGACGAGCUCGAGUUCUGGCCGAGCACCGAGGGCCGUGUGACGUACCGCUUUCUCGAGCUGCACGACGCGAAUUACGCUCACGUGCCUCUGGAUGGGCCUUCGUUCACGCACGUGGCACAUCCCCUGGCGACCGCGUCGUUUGUCGGCGCGGAGCGCGACCACGAUGCGGUGGUGAGCAGCUGUGGCGAGCCGAGUGUGCAGGCGGACGUCGCGUUCACGGGCCAUGGUCCGUACACGCUCGAGUAUGCGAUCCGCGGCGCCGGAGCCAAGGAGCCUGUGCUGCAUACGCUGUCGCACAUCACCGAGUCCCGCGCUACGCUCGCUAUCACGCUGCCGCCCGGCCACGAUGCGGGCCGCGCGACCGUCUCGCUGCUGAGCCUGCGCGAUGGCCGUGGAUGUGUGCGCCGCCUGGCGACGCGCGACCUGCGCAUCGACGUGCGCCCACCGACGGCGGCCGUGAGCUUCGCGGCCCCAUGGAACGUGACGCUGCAGGAGCACGAGCCGGCGGUGCUGCCGCUGCGUCUGCGUGGUGCGCCGCCGUGGACCGUGGCGUACACGCGCGAUGGCGUGGUGAACGGCACCGUGACGCUGCACGAUGCGAACGAGGCGCUGACGGUGCAUGAGCCCGGCACGUACACACUGACGGGCGUGCGCGACGCGCAUUGCAGUGGACAAGUGGUGCAGGACGACACGGCGCAGGUCGUGAUGCGCCCGCGCCCGCAGGCGCGCUUCGUCGGCGAGGCGCCCACGGGCAUCGUCGCCUUGCCGCCCGUGUGUGUGCACACACCGCUGGAGGCGACGAUCGCGCUGCAGGGCCAUCCGCCCGUGCACGUCAAGGUGCAGCGCACGCUGCUCACCGACCAGGGCGAUACCCGCGUGUAUGCACAGACGCUCGCCAGCUCCGAGGCCCAUGUGUCUCUCCCGCUCGGCACGCGUGUGCCCGGCACGUACAUGUACCAUAUCAUGGGCACGAGCGAUGCCUACUACGCCGAUGCCCGGCCCGACACAAAGGCGCUCGAGUACCGCGUGUGGCCGCAGCCCCAGGCGGCAUGGGCGCCCGCGACGCCCGCACGACGCUCGGCCUGCCUCGGCGAUACGUGGGCGCAGGCCCCGACGCUGCAGCUGCGCGGCACGCCGCCGUUCCGUGUGGACAUCGAGGCGCGGCCCGUGCACACCGAGGGCCAUGCAGACGCGAUGCGCUUCACGCACACGGUGCACGGCACGCAAUGGGCCGUCGCGCUGCCGGCGCCGUUCCAGGUGCCAGGCACGUGGGAAGUGCGCGUCCUGCGCGUCGAAGACGCGCACUGCCGCCAGGACGGGACGCAGCCGCCGCCCGUGGUCGUGGACGUCGUGGAAAGCGCGGGCGUCGUAGCGCCCACGACGCGGGAACACUACUGCGUCGGCGAGCGCAUGGACUUUGUGCUGCAGGGCACGCCGCCAUGGACCGUCACGUACACGUUCGAUGGUGCGACGUCGCGCGUGACGUCGCGCCGUGCCGAGUUCUGGCGCAUGGCAGACCGCCCCGGCGUGCUGCGCGUGUUGGGAGCCGCUCACCGCACGAACGCGUGUCGCCAGACCCAUGCACCGCUCGAGCGCAUCGUGCAUGCGCUGCCGAGUGCGCACAUAUCGGCCGGGCAGCACCACAUCGAGUCGCUGCACGAAGGCGCACAGACGGAGAUCGUGUUCCAGCUGCGCGGCGAGCCGCCGUUUUCGUUCACAUACCAGCGCACCGAGCCGGCCGACACGCACGCGCGGCCGCGCGUGCUCGAAACACACACGGUCGAGGCGUGGCAUGCGAACGAGUACCGCGUGCCGACGUCGCAGGAAGGUACGUGGUCCGUCGUGUGGAUGCAGGACCAGUGGUGCCAGGUAUCGCUCGGCCAGGUCAGCGGACCUGCACAGUGGCCAUAA